ACUGUACUAAGUACGCUGAAGUGUUGGCUGUGAGUUUAGCCAUUUUCAAAGCUUGACAUUUUAAUAUAUGUUUUUGGAGGUUGGCUUUUUGUUCUUUUAUACUUUAUCGUCAGUAAUCAUUUCAAAUUGGGAAAAACAGUGCUGAAUGUGAGGCUGAGUUAGGAAGAAACAUCUGGAGCUUCAACAAGUCCGAGACUUGUCUCCGAGUUUGCCUCCUGACUCCUUAGCCAUAUGGGCCUUGUGACCUUGUGACCCCUUUGCAUCUCAAGUGGAGUGGGAGCAAAAUGGCAGAAGGCAGCGUGGCUAGCCAACCCCAAAUCUUUGUGGUGGACAGCCCCGCCAGUUUCUUGCCCCUGCACAGACCUGUGAAAAAAACACAGUGGAUUCCGACAGGGCACAAGUUUCUUCUCCUGCUGGUGGCGCUGGCCAUGCUGGGACUUGUUGUUGAAGGAUGUUUUGUCUAUAAACUUUACAGGAAAACAGAGGCAUUUUCCAUCUGCGUGUCAGAUCCUCUCUGUCGAAACACGUCCAACUAUAAAUCAUCUGCCCGGGAGGCUGGCUCCACAAAAGGAAGCUCCAAUGAAGUUCACCCAAUACAAACUCUGCUGGGACCUAAACCCUUCGCACACCUGAUGUGUAGAAGCAAUCCUGUCGGGGAAAAAAAUGUGGUGCAGUGGAUUGACAAAGAUGGCGACGCCAUCACCCAUCAAAUGAGCUACAACAAUGGCCGCCUGUUUGUGGAGAAGGAUGGUUUCUACUACCUCUACUCCAAAGUGCAGAUUAACGCUGCAGAGGUGUGUUCUCUCAUCCAGCACAAGGUGAUGAAAGACACCAAGGCAUAUGACCAAUCUAUAGAACUGAUGAAGUCAAAGAGGUCACGCUGCUGGACCCCAAAACCUUCAGGUGUCAAGUCAUCAGAAGGUGAAGACAUAUGGGACAGUUAUCUGGCGGGGAUCUUCCACCUACAGUACGGAGAUCAAAUUUUUGUCACAUUAGAUAGUAUAGAAAAGUUGCGCCCUGGACCGACUGAAAAUUUUAUGGGCGCUUUCAUGAUAGCUCCAGGGAGCGUAGAAGCAAAACCAACGACAACAUUUGUCUCAUUGUGAUUAACCUCUUCAUUUAUUUUUGAAUGUAAGCAGCAAUUGAUUGUGAUUUUAUGCAACCGUGUCUGAUAUUCAGACUAGAUUA